UGCUCUAGAAAAACGCAGAGCGACUAUGCAGAGUGAAGCUGGUUUGAAUGAGAGUUUGAAACGACACCGAUCUUCAAAUCUGAUGACAAUUGUGAUGACCGAAGUAUUGAGAGUAACAUGGAGAAGAGUGGGGUGAACAAAUCCACAGCGCUGGAGAGAGAGCAUAGCGGGAGAGAGAAAGGGGGAGGGACAGAGACAGCAGUCAGUGUGACAGAUAAGAGCGGCGGAUGACUUGUCUCUCUCUGAAUGCACCGUGAGCAAGAGAGCAAGUAAGUGCACAAGGGUGCCUGCCAAAGCAGCUCUGCACACACACACACACACACACACACACACCACACACACACACACACAGGUAGCUUGUGAGGAGAAAAGAGUCUCACAACCAAGGUAUGCUGGGAUUUGCACACAUCCAACGAUCAUAAGUUCCUCUUUCUAUUGUUUUGGUUUUCCUAUGUUAUGUCUUCCCUCUUGUACUUACACUUAGUUUCCAGGUGGGUCGUCAGAGGUUUCCCAAGCCGAGUCUACAACAGUGUAAUGGGUUGCCCAGACCGGAGGCUUUUCCUCUGAUCCUGCAAAGAGGUUGGCGUAUUCCUGCAACGAGAACUAGUCCUCACAUUGAGCGACCCUGGGCAUGGAGAAGCUGACAGAGAAAGAGAAGGAGCUGAUCCGAGUCAGCUGGGAGAGUCUUGGCAAGAACAAAGUUCCACACGGAGUCAUCAUGUUCUCCAGACUGUUUGAACUAGAGCCUGCACUCCUCAACCUCUUUCACUACAACACAAACUGUGGCACCAUACAAGACUGCCUCUCCAGCCCUGAGUUCCUGGACCAUGUCACAAAGGUAAUGUUGGUGAUCGAUGCAGCAGUCAGUCACCUGGACAACCUCCAUACCUUGGAGGAUUUUCUGCUCAACCUGGGGAAGAAGCACCAGGCAGUCGGGGUUAACACCCAGUCCUUCGCUGUGGUGGGGGAGUCCCUUCUCUACAUGUUGCAGUGCGGUCUGGGUCAGGGGUACACAGCCCCGCUGCGUCAGGCCUGGCUCAACAUGUACACCAUUGUAGUGGCGGCCAUGAGCAGAGGAUGGGCCAAGAACGGAGAACACAAGACUGACUGAAACAUACGCUUGGGGUCUGCUACCAGUUGCUGUCUAAUCACCCUCAUGGUUGCUAUGGAGUAAGGUUGUAUAACUCACAGCAUAAAGGUUUGAUUGCUGUAUAUGGUGAACGAAUGGCGUUAUCACACUUGACACAACAAAUAAUGGUCGAAUCACCUGGUGUUCAGAGUUAACUGUUUUUGCUGUGGAUGUUGUAGCUGCCAGAGUGCUGCUAUAACAUUGUGGGGAUGUUAUGGGUCAACCAGACCCUUGGUCUGCAGUUUGAGUUCCUCAUAUUAGAGGAAGCAUAGGGUUAAAUUAAGGUAAUAACUGAAAUUGCUCUGUAAAUAAUGCCUUGGUGUAUCUACUCAAAUAAUUACAUUGAUUGUGGUGGUUUUUGUGAUGUAUCUUAGUCACACACUUGUCAAACACUGGCUAUAUUGGCUGCAUUACUUGGCUGGAAUGGGCAGCUACAAUAUGGGCCCUCUCCCAAAUCAACCAGUGAUAUAGAAACAUUGAUCACAAAAGUACAGUAUGUCCAAGAUUAUUGUUUAGAGUAUUUAUCAUGAUUCUAUAUUUAUAUCUUUGAGUUAGGCUAGGGACCUGAUAAUGGCACAUACUAAUGCUCUCCUUUCUUUGUGUGUGUCCAUGACCUGGAGUGUAACAAUCCUUAGAGGUGAACUUGAUUCUUAAAGCCAUUGGUAUUAUUAACAAACACAUUACUUUUGAUGAUGCUCAAUAGAAAAUGACAAGAACUGUUCAUGUAUUCUAAAGCUUUUCUAUGUGAUCUCUAUGACUGUUAGGGUGUCCAUGUGCACCUUUGUCUGAAAUGUGUAUGUGGCACUCUCCUCUCCUCUGACAGUAGAGGUUGUAAAUCUCACGUUGCCAUAUGCGUAUUACCAUAAUAUUUCAAUAGGCUUCAACUGACUGUUACUUAUUCUAAAAUAAAUGCUUAUUCUCCUCUCGAGUUCUAGCUAAUUGAUGUAAUGGAACUCAACAGUAGAUUAUUUGCUUGAGGGUCUUUGGGCUUGACUUAGUUUAGGCUCAUUCAGUUUUCACUAAUUGUAAAUGUAAAGUGGUGUUGAACCACAUACUGUAUCUAUAUAUUGUAAAUACUGCUAUCAUAUGUUGUAAACAGGCCAGAAAUAUAGUAGUAAUCUAUUUAGGCUUUUUGGACCCAAUAGGUCAUUGACAAUUAGGGCGGCAGGGUAGCCUAGUGGUUAGAGCGUUGGACUAAUAACCGAAAAGUUGCAAGUUCAAAUCCCGAGCUGACAAGGUACAAAUCUGUCGUUCUGCCCCUGAACAGGCAGUUAACCCACUGUUCCUAGGCCGUCAUUGAAAAGAAGAGUUUGUUCUUAACUUGCCUAGUUAAAUAAAGGUAAAAAAACAAAGCCAGGAUUUAUUCAGACAUUUUUUCUUCCCUAUUUAGCUCAUAGUUAAUAGCUUGGAGUAUCUUUCUGUGGACAACCGUAAAGCAUUUAUUGAUAAACAAAUUUCACUACAUCCAACCUGAAAUAGUAAGCAAUGAUAGUUAGAGAUGACAGAGAUGAUAGUUAGAGAUGACAGAGAUGAUAGUUAGAGAUGUGUAUGUCCUUUUUACUGCUAUGAACACAUUUACCUAUAUGCUUCUAUACAGUGUGUAUCAUUCGUUAUUUUCCUGUACAUUGAAAGUCACAAUGCCAAGUUAGCUAUAAUACACCAAGUAUUUGAUAAUAACACUACACUACUAUAUCUCCAAUCUGCUGAUAUGUGGUGAAUAUUGCUUCAGUCUGAGAUUACUUUUAUACAAUGUAUUUUUGUAUUUUCCAGUGUUUUACGUAUGUGAAUGACUAUAUGCCAUUGCAAACACAGUUUUUCCAAACUGUUACGUUAACCACAACAUUUAUGUCAAAUCCAUGUUUUCUUCAGCACAUGGCUGUUAAACAUUUUAAGUAUUGAUGAGUGAGCUUUUAUCCUUAAGUCAUGAUAAAUGUAAGAGAGACAUUUCUCCUCAAUCAGUAUAACUGCCAUAUUAUCAAUGUGUGAUCCCUACAAGGAUGUCUGUUGGCAUUGAAAACACAACCAUUUCAUUACCAUGUCUAAAGGAGAUCUCACUUUAUCUUUACUUUCAAUCACCUGUGAGCUUUAUUUCCAGGCCAUGGCAGCACUACUAAUUCAGAUGUGUUCCUCUCUCCCACUUUCCAACUAGCAUAAUGAGUUUCCCUUACCAGAUGAACCCUUCUCCUGAAUCAAAAAGCAUCAAUAGAGAAUCUACAUUGAACAUGCUUUUUAGUUCAAGAAUAAGCUUCAUCUGAGUCUAGGAAACCAGACCUAUGAGUUGAACACAUUUUUUAAUAUGUCUAUACAUGGCAUUAGGCAGAUUGCUGUGUGUAUUGUCUCGAUUUCAAAGAUCUGAGAGUAGGCCUGUUUUGUGUGUGUGUGUGUGAAUUGCAUUGGUACAUUUAAAUAACAUGAUAUUCUGUUUAUGAGUGUCUCAAUGUCUACCUCGUCAACUCAGCUGCGAACAGCAAUGAUUUCAACUAUCCUUUAACCAAAAACACGUGACACUUAAUGCAAAUACAUACUCCCUCAACCAAACAGCUCGUAAAAAUGGACCCCAUCCUAUACUUAUGUAAUGUGUUGUGUGCUUACUCAAUUAAUAGUAAAUAAAGGUGAUCUUUUGUGGACAUACUACUGAAAAACGGA